AUGUCGCAAACAGCGACCUUCCCUAGCCUCGUAGCGAGGCAGAACAACGGCAAUGGCGUCGUCCCUUCAGCGCUCAUUGAGCAACUCAACGCCAACGGCGCUACCGACCUCAAAAAGGUGGGCAUCACCAUCGUCGCCUUUGUUGCGCUCGCCCUCGUCACUGUCAUCGCUUUCCAGAUCCUCCGUCCAAACAACAAGAUUGUCUACGCUCCCAAAUACAAGUACGCCGAAGAAGGCAAAGCGCCCCCCAAAGCGUCCGAAGGCUUCUUUGGCUGGCUUCCGCCCAUCAUCAAGUACAAAGAACACGAUCUCUUGCCCCUCAUCGGCCUUGAUGGCGUCACCUUCCUCCGCUUCAUCCGCAUGAUGCGAUGGAUGCUCACCACACUCGCCAUCCUCAUGUCGGUCGUCCUCAUGCCCGUCGACAUCGCUUACAACAUGCGCAACGGAGGCAGUAACCUCGUCACCAACAAGCUCAACUACCUCAACAUGUCCAACGUUCACGGCAACUACAUGUGGGCUCACGUCGGCAUGAGCUACGUCGGCACCAUCGUUGCGCUCGCCUUCAUCUGGUAUCACUAUCGAGAAAUGGUCCGCUUGAGAUGGGCCUACUUCCGAUCCGAAGAGUACCAGACCAGCUUUCACGCCCGAACGCUCAUGAUCACCGACGUCACAAAGCGCUACCAAGCCGAUAACGCUCUCGGCGCCGUCCUGUCCGAGCUCAAGAUGCCCUACCCUACCACCGAGGUGCACAUCGGUCGACGCGUCGGCAUUCUGCCCGAUCUCAUCGAGAAGCACAACGACUUGGUGCGCGAGCUCGAACGGGUCCUGGCAAAGUACCUCAAGAAUCCCAACCAGGUGCCUGCCAAACGACCCACCAAAACCAUCGGCGGCUUCAUGGGCUGUGGCGGCAAGAAAGUAGAUGCGAUCGACUACCUCACCAGCCAGAUCAACCGCGUCGAGGCUGCCGUGAUGCACCAGCGAGACACCAUCCAGGACAAGCAGCCCGAGAUGUACGGAUUCGCCUCGCUCGCUGCUGUUCCAUACGCGCACGCAGCCGCCAAGGUGCUUCAGGGCAAGAGGCCCGGCGGCAUGCGCGUCACCCUCGCUCCCCCUCCCACCGGUAUCAUCUGGAAGAAUCUCACCAGGUCACGCGCCAGCCGUGCCAAGUCGAGCUUCUUUGGCUUCCUCAUGCUGCUCGUCCUCUUCUUCCUUAACAUCUUCCCUUUGAUUAUUGUGUCGCUGCUCUCCAACAUGGCGGGCCUCACCACCAUUUCCUGGCUUGGUUGGCUCAAAGACUGGCAAUCGUCCAGCUCGUUCACUUUCGCCGCCGUCUCGGGUCUCGGUGCUCCCAUCAUCAUGGGCAUCGCUUCCUUCUUCUUCCCCCUCGCCAUGCGCAGGAUCGCCAAGUACCGAGGGAUCCAGACCCGCUACAGGCUCGACCGUCUGCUGGUCGGACAGUACUUUGGCUUUCUCGUCAUCUCGCAGUUCCUCUUCUUCUCGCUCAUCGGUGUCAUUCUCUCGCUCGUCUCGCAGCUCGUCGUCGAGAUCAACAAGGACAGCGCCCUCAACAUUAUCGAAAGGCUCGGACGAACGGCUGCGUACGCAGCAAAGCAACAGUACCUCAAUCAGUCCAACUACUGGCUCACCUGGCUGCCACUCCGAGGGUACCUGGCCGUCUUUGAUCUCGCACAAGUCAUCAAGCUGAUGCUCGUCUGGGUUCAAAAGGUCUUCUUCGGACGCACGCCGCGUGAUGUGCGAGAGUACACUAAGCCUCCCGUGUUCGACUACUGGAUGUACUACGCCAACUUUCUCUUCAUGGCGGCUGUCGCCAUGAUCUAUGCGCCUCUCGCCCCGCUCGUUAUCGUCUUCUCCGCCGUCGUGUUCUGGGCCAACUCGUUCAUCUACAAGUACCAGCUCAUGUACGUCUUUGUCACCAAGCACGAGACCGGCGGCAUGCUGUGGCGACCCGCCAUCAACCGUCUGCUCGUCUGCAUCGGCUUCAUGCAGGUCAUCCUCAUCCUCGCCGUCGUGCUCGACACGCUCAACUACUAUCAGGCCAUCGCUGCCCUGCCGCCCAUCCUCAUGCUCGUGGGCUUCAAGAUCUACUGCCGAACCACCUUUGACCGCCGCUUCGAUUGGUACAUCCCCAACGAGGCCGAGAUUGCCGCCUCCAAAAUUCACGGCGGUGAUGCGCGUCACAACCGUCUGCAGCGUCGCUUCGGCCACCCAACGCUCCACUCGAAGCUGUUCACACCCAUGGUGCACGCCAAGGUCAAGCAUCUCUUGCCGCAAGUGUACAAGGGUCGCAUCGAUCAGGGUGUCGCCGUCGUGGAUGGGCGCAAGGUCGAGACCGAGCAGGUGGCUGGUGGUCUCAAGAUCGCUGCCAUCGAAGAGGAUCAGCUCGAGUACGAUCCCCGCAAGGAUUCGGACAAUCGUUCGGUCAUGUCAGGCACCACGCUUGGCGGCAUGUCGAUGGCUGGCAUUGGCGCUACGAGUCCCGAUGACCUCGCUGAAACGCGCGCCAACUACUUCAAGGACCAGUACGCCAACUACAUGGCCGGAGGCAACACGCAUGGCGGCGAGGAAUUCGAGAUGGCCAACGUCUCUGCUCGUGACAGCCGCGACAACCUCCUCGAGAAACGUCAGCACAGCUUGUACAACGAGUCCUUGGACGGCACACUGGCAGGCACCACCUACGGCGGCAAAUCGUCCCCUGAAGGCGUGGGCGCACAUGGGGCCUACAAUAGCUACUCGGCGAACACAACCCCAGCGUUCGAGGGCGGUAUGCCUCAGCAAGCACGCUAUGUUGACCCUUACGCACAGAUCGGCCAGUCGCAGCUGCCACGCAUGGGAGCCAACCACAGCGCUCAGGGUAGCCAGACGAGUCUGGGCUCCUACGGCAACCUUUUGUACGGCAGCACCAAUCCUGCAGUAGCGGCAGCGACGGCGGCGGCAGCUACACCCGCUAGAGGAUAUGGGCCGCCCGCAUCACAAGCUCCUUCGUACGGCGGCAGCACCAUGGGACGAACGCCGUCGCCAGGUCAGCCGCAGCAGAUCUCGCCUGGCACUGUGAUUGCGCCAAUGGCCACGUCGACACCGCAGUACCACGCAGGCGGCGGCGGUGGUUACACUGCUUCGCCACCGAACUACCAGCAGCCGCAGCGAUUCAUGGGCGCACCACCCUCUCGCCAGGCAUCGGCCGACUAUCCUUACCACCCCAGCGGCGGGUACGGUCAGCAGCAGCAGUCACCUCAGCACGCACCGGUCUAUGCACACCAACAGCAGGCGGCGUCGCAGCCGGGACAGCCAUACGCUCAUGGGCAGCAGUCGAGUGGAGGCAACUACUACCCUUCUCAGCAUGGUUCGCACGGUGGCUCCGGAUACCAACAAGGAGGCCCCCACGGCUACCAGCGCUAA